CUGUCGUCGAAGGUAGAACCAAGGAGGCGAACGGAUCAUCAUGGCCUCGGAUCUCUCUCAGCUAGAAUCAAGGUACUGUAAUGCAUGCCAGAAGCAGGAGGUUCUACCUAAUUCUUCAAUCUUAUCGUGUCUAUCAAAAGCUUUUGGCAAUAACAGUUAUGUCCAAGCUGCUUUCUUUCUAUCUUUGGAUAUGGUUACCUAUUCUAAGUAUCCUUUCCCGGAUUUGAGGUUAGUGUGUCUUCAUCUUGAUAUUUCAUAUGGUGAACUUCUACUAAUCUUAUUUACAAGCUUGCUCAAGCCAUUAGCUGCAGGGUUGUUACUUGGUAACUGGGGGAACCUGAACUGUAUAAUGGAACUUCUUUUUGGUGUCUGAUACAACAAUGUAUGAAACUAGUCCACAGAUACACUUUGCAUACUUUGAGGCUUGAAGGUUCAAAACCUUAUUAAGAUGCAGAAUAUGAGUGAAACAUCAGAAAGUGCACUUUGAACAAUGCUCUUUGGAAAUCUUGAUUGACAAUUUGACAUUUUCCGACAUUCCUCCACUUAUAGAUACUUUAUCAGGAAUCAGUUCAUCUGAUGUUGAUGCAGUUGAUGUAAGUCAGAAAUCAUCUGAUGUUUCAAUAGAUGGGGAAUCUCUACUACUGUUAGUUCGUGCAGUCAACCAUAAGCUUCGGGCUGUUAAUUUCAUUAAUUCAUCAUUUUGGAAAGAUGUUUUGCGUGAUAUUUUCCAGAGAGGUACAACGUGCCAGGUUUUGAACUUGCGCUUCUCUCCUAUUCGGAAGCUCAACAUGACAGGGAAAUUCAUGGAAUUACACACACUUAAUUUGGAUUUUAGUGUUCAUUUGAACAGCUUCCACAUCAAUUGUUUUAGUUGUAUGCCAAAGCUGAUGCGGCUCUCAAUGUGUGAAACAAGAGUAGCCAAUCUAUGGAUAACAAGUGCUGCACUAUCAAAACUUCGUUCUUUGGUUGAACUUCGCUUUCAAACUUGUUUGUGCUGCUUUGAUACUGGGCCAUGUCCAACAUCUGGUGGAGUGAUCAGACUGGGAAAUGAGAAGAUUUUCUCUGAUAAGCAACAAUUUUCUUCCUACUUAGGAUCAAGAUGUGUGGAUAAUGAUGACAUGUUAGAACAGACUAUGGAACACUCUACAGAUGACACUCUUGGUAGACUUUGCUCUGAUAAUCUCUCAUUUUUAAAUCAUGAUUCACUGAAAAGCACUACUCAGGUGUUAUCAGAUGAAAGUGAUUCAGAAUUUUCAAGUGAUACAAAAGAGGUUGACAAUUUGAGAAAAAUAUCUGAUCCUGUUAUUGAGUUUAAUAACCAGGCCAAUUCAAAUGUCAUAGUAAGCCCAUCGAAACAUUCUACACCAUCUAGCAUUAUUUCUUCAGUACCAACUCUUAUUCCAACUUUUGAGGAGGUAAUGUCUUCAAGUAGAAGACUAAAUGAUAGUAACUCUUUUAUUGGGCAUGCAAAUGCUGAUGAAUUUUGUUGUCAGCAUAACUAUAUUGAUAAUUUCACUAUCACUGAAGAAUUUUCUAAAGAUGAAGGAUCUUUGACUAAUAGUCUGAAGGUAAAAAAUGUUACAGUGACCUCACUGAAGAAUCAUAUUUCUAGUCAUCCUUCACCAAUUUGUUUUGAGACAUACUACAAAGAAUAUAUGAUAACAUCACUGCCAAAUUUAUUAGUUUUAGAUAAUUUGCCUAUUGGAGAUGUGGAACGGGAGCAAGCCAAAUUAGUCUUUAAGAGAUAUUUUGAGCGUGCACCAUAUAACAGACGAGGAAAAGAUUCUGUUGUCAGUAUCGUUCAGAGGCGUGAAAUCAGCAGUGGUGUUUUCUUUCAGAGAUCUUCUAAAGUGAAGCAACAGUAUCUUAGAGAAAGUAAUCACUCAUUCCUCAGGUCACUUUCUGCUGCUAAAGUAAACUCAUCUCCACAGCCUCAUUCACAUUCAAUUUCCAAUUUUAGAAGUGGUCCAAGUGAAGAGACAAAGAGCUUUCGUCCAAGACAAUUUGAGUACCAUCCUACAGACCCAAGACUUAUGGUAUUUGGAACACUAGAUGGGGAGCUUGUGGUUAUUAACCAUGAAAGCGAGAAACUUGUUGGUUAUCUUCCAUCAGUUGGUACGACACUAAAUAGCAUUUUAGGCCUUUGCUGGCUUAAGAAGCAUCCAUCUAAGCUCAUCGCUGGUUCAGAUAAUGGUUCUUUGCAAAUGUAUGAUGUUUGUCGAAUGCUGUCAAAGGUCACUGAUCGAUAUUGCAAUAUGGAUGCUUCUAUGCACACAUUUGAUGAUUUUGAGCAGUUAACAUCUGUCCAUAUAAAUUCAAAUGAUGAAUAUAUUCUUGCAAGUGGAUUCUCAAAUCAUGUGGCGCUCUAUGACAUGUGCAGUGGAAGGCGUUUGCAAAUUUUCAAGGACCUUCAUAAGGAACAUAUAAAUGUUGUCAAGUUUGCCUACCAUUCACCCACUUUGUUUGCCACUGCAUCCUUUGAUAAAGAUGUCAAGAUGUGGGACUUAAGGCAAGGUACGUCACAGCCUUGUUAUACAGCUUCAAGCUCUAGAGGGAACGUGAUGGUUUGCUUUUCUCCUGAUGAUUACUAUUUACUUACAUCAGCCAUAGACAAUGAGGUUAAGCAACUAUUGGCUGUAGAUGGAAGACUUCUGACUUCAUUUGACAUUACUUCUACUGGAAAUGCUCAAAAUUAUACUCGAUCUUACUAUAUGAAUGGAAGGGAUUACAUGAUAACUGGAAGCUGCGAAGAGCAUGUUGUACGCAUAUGCUGUGCUCAAACUGGAAGGAGGCUUAAAGAUGUUCAUCUCGAGGGACGGGGUUCAAAAAAUUCCAUAUUCAUACAAUCUUUGAGGAGUGAUCCAUUUAGGGCUUUUCACAUGAGUAUUUUAGCAGCUCAUUGGCACCCAUUUACAAAAUCAGAGAUCAUAAAGGUGAACUUGUUGCAAACUGAAGAAUGCAUCGAAGAAAGCACAUCCGGUUAAAGUGCUCUAAUGCUCUAGUUCCGUCACUGGUGAAGGGUUGAUCAUUUGAUGAUAACUUAUUUGGAAGAUGAAUAUUGCCUUGUCAAGCAAACUGAAUUCACUUCUGGCAUAUUAUGACAAAUAUCUCAGGCUCUGAGCCCUUUCCUUCAUGGGCUCUAAUCCAUAGUUGUAUAAUGUGUAUGGUCAAUAAUGUGUGGAAAGAUUGAAUACUUUGUGUACAUAUAUGUGUUUCAGAUAGUGCUAUGGUCUAAAUCGUGCUUCUUGAAAUAAUUUUGAACUCGUUUGUUUUGAAAACAAUUUUGAGAUGCCAUUGAACCAAUUACUGGGGCAUUGUUCUCUAUAGGUUCUUCAAACAUGGAGGUUAUGUGAGUACAAGAAACUGUUAAUAGCUCAGCUGAUGAAUCCUCAUUCCUUUGUCACUAAAGAUGCAGCAGUGGUGCGUUGGGUUCCAAUUUGUGUAUAAUCUACAGCAAGGAAGAACUCAAACUACCAGUGUUAGAGCUGUGGAGGAUUCUUCUCCUGCAAAUUGAGAAAUGCCUUGAUUUGAAUUUUUGUUUGAAGUUAGAUUGUUAGACAUGUCACAGGUGAUCUUAUGUUUCAUAUUUGGCCAACCAAAAUAUGUUUCAUAGUUGUAUCAGCCUCUAUCUAGAUUUUGUUUCCAUCCUUUCAUGAAGAUGUUGGUUCUGAAGGUAAAUGGUAGAAAGAUGGCAGCUUCUCACGGACAUUCUAUCGAACACCUGCUAAAAUGCCUGAGGACCGCUAACCAGUGGAAAGUUGCGGUUCCCUGUUUGGUGUCGCGGACGACGCAGUUGAAUCCAGUGUCGGAAAUAUUAGCUUUGUAUUUAAGCGGCAUUCGCCCCUUUCCUGUCCGACCAAACCCUCGCCGGGGAGAUGGCUGAAGACAGCGAAGCGACAAAGCACGGGUCCGGAGAAGCGCCCGCAAAGGGAAGCAACGAGGCAGAGGCCUCCGCGACGCCCCCUCCGCCUCCGGCGUCCAGGCUCCCAUCCGUCUCCCUCAACAUCUGGCCGCCGUCGCAGCGGACGCGGGAGGCGGUGAUCCAGCACCUGAUCGAGACCCUCACCUCUCCAUCCCUCCUCUCCAAGCGCUACGGCGUCCUCUCCCUCGACGAGGCCUCCGCCACUGGCCGCCUCAUCGAGGAGGAGGCCUUCGCUGCCGCGGCCACGGCUGUGGCUGCGGACGGCGCCCACGCCACCUCCGUCGACGAAGAGGUGGAGAUCCUCCAGAUCAACUCGAAGGGGAUCACCGCGGCCGCGGACGGCGCCCACGCCACCUCCGUCGACGAAGAGGUGGAGAUCCUCCAGAUAUACUCGAAGGGGAUCAGCAAGCGCGUGAUUGAGACCGUCAAGAAGAGAGGUUCAUCCGUGGACGGCGCCGCCAAGGUGACACCGACGCCCGCCGAUUCUGACGCACCUGCCACUGCUGCCGGUGAGGAAGCCUCAUCUCUCGAAUCAGAGACUCCACAAGCUUAAAUUUGGGCUCUGGAUACUAUAUCAUGGUACUCUUUCCUUUUCUGUUUCUUGAGUGUUUGUUACAUUGUUCUCAGAUGAAAUGCUUGUCUUGGUCUGGAAUUUUUAGUUGGUGGUGUUGUCGAGGAUGAUUGCAUUUUGUGGAUCUGUAGACUUGCAAUGCUGCAUUGAAUUGCUAUAUGGUGAUGUUUAGGGUUUAUGAUAUAGUACUGCUACUCUAUAUCAACUAAAUAAAGCUAAGGGAGAAUGUUCAAUCUCUUCCUCUC